AGGAGGUUGCAAUUCUAUAAAACAUAAUUUGUGGUUCAAAUUUGCAAAUAGUUUUCAAAUACCUCACAUAUUUGCUGUUUAUUUUUAUCGGCCCUAAUUGACCCCCAAUGCGAAUAACGCAAUGGAAUACGAAACAAGGAUGGAAACGGAGCGCGAAGAAAAUGGCGAUUUGUCCUUUAUGCCCGAAGGAGUAAUAGCUAACCUCUUGUCUUUCACAACUCCAAUCGAUGCCUGCAGCUUGUCGGCGGUUUCCCGAAUAUUCAAUGCGGCGGCGCAGUCCGAUUUUGUGUGGGACAGGUUCCUGCCUACCGAUUGUGAUGUUUUGAUUGCUCAAAGGAAAUCUGUUGAUCCAAUCUCGAGUUCGAAGAAGGAGAUCUUUUUCUCCCUUUGCAACAACCCGGUGCUAAUUGACGACGGCAACAAGAGCUUGUCAUUGGAAAAAUGGAGUGGUAAGAAAUGCAUAAUGCUCGGAGCUAGGGACCUCUCGAUCAUUUGGGGCGAUACCUCUUUAUAUUGGAGCUGGGAUCACCAUCCUCGUUCGAGAUUUGCAGAGGUGGCUAUACUGCUCAAUGUGUGCUGGCUUGAAAUACGUGGAAGAAUAAGUUGCAGAAUAUUGUCUCCUAAAACAACUUAUGCAGUUUACUUUGUAUUCAGAAUGAGGAACUGUAAUUACGAAGGAUUCAAUGUUCAUCCUGCUGAUGCCACAGUUAGAAUUAUUGGGACUGAUAACCAUGGGAGGAGAAGCGUUUGUUUGGACCCUCAUUUGGACAACCCUCGACGGUGGCAGCGACGCCAGCAUGCACCAUGGUCGAUGAGGCCUCCGCCUGGACCAUCUCUAGACAUAUUAGGGUUAGAGUGGCCACAGGAGAGACGUGAUGGGUGGUUUGAAAUUGAGUUGGGAGAGUUUGAAAAUGGUGAUGGAGAUGAUGAAGUUGAAAUAGCUCUUAUGGAGGUCAAGAGCCAUUCUGCCAAGACUGGCCUUGUUGUUGAGGGGAUUGAGAUUAGGCCUAAACACUGUUGGACCUUAUUAAAGCCGUGGUGUUGCAAAUUAGCGCCACGAUUCAAGUAAAAUUUCAAUGGAAUAUUGUUAUUAUUUUGUAUUGUCAUUUAUUCAUCAGGGCGAGGAUGGAGAUGGGGAUUGGAUCAUGAGGAUCCUAUUGUGUAUUCCCACCACUGUUUUGGUGUUCGUGUUUUAUGUGUUUCGGAUUGAAGUGUUCUCUUUCUUUUUUUUUUUUCCCAAUAUUUUUAAAAUUCAUAUACCACCUUGAAGACACGAAGGACGAGGACGUACAAAUUGUCAAUUUCUCUUCCCCAUCGGAAGGAGUUAAUAGCUAACAUAUUGUUGCUCAAUCCAUUAAAAUUUGAGAAAAUUGCACAGGUGACCUA